AUGUCGGGAAAUAGCGAAGAAGGCCUCGAAGGCCAAGGUAUCGAAGGUUGCCAAAAAAAGCGCAGGAGGAAGAAGAGAAACGCCAUCUACAUCUACAAGGUGUUGCGUCAGGUUCAUCCGGACACCGGUAUCUCUUCGAAAGCCAACUCUAUCAUGAACUCGUUCGUCAAUGACAUCUUUGAGCGUAUUGCCUCCGAGUCAAGCCGUUUAGCUCACCACAACAAACGCUCGACCAUCACGAGCAGAGAGAUCCAAACUGCAGUUCGUCUUCUGUUGCCUGGUGAGUUGGCUAAGCAUGCCGUCUACAAAUGUACCGAGGCGGUGAUCAAGUACACUAGCAUGAAAUAG